AUGGCAAUCGAGAAUGGAUCGACUAGUACCCCCAGUUCUACCUCAAAUCCCACUAGCACAUCAAAUGGGAGCACCAUGUUACCCGUUUCUCGCGUCAGGCGUAUUCUUAAGGAACACGAUGCUACAUGUGGUGCUGACGUGUCCUUCUUGAUCACUGCGACAGCGGAACUGUUUAUAGAAUACCUCGUGAAAAAAGGUCUCGAACAGGCUAAGAAUGAAGGACGAAAGAAUCUGGGCUAUCAAGAUCUAGAUGUAAUACCGCAAACAUGCACGCUAGAAAAUGCUUUGAAACUUUAUGAUGACGCUAUGAGAACGAGGAGCGAACUUCAAGACGCAAUGUUGACAGAUAAUGAAAGCGGAGGGGAAGAAGAUAGUGAUAGGGAAGACUAUUCAGAAAAUAAUUGUGAAGAAAGUAUAGAGGAUCAGAUUCAAAGCGAUAAUGGUGGAAGUUCAAUAGUUGGGAAUGCACCAAAUGGUCGUCUCAAUGGUCAUAAAUAUAACGCUGAAAAUGAGAUUUCGUCUGAUAGCGAACUUAGCGAAGCUCCCGAAACUUCUACCAGUGAGAACAGUUCGGACACUGUUGCAAACGAAAAUUAG